AUGAAAUUCCUUCACUCGCUCCUCUUCGUGUUUACGUUGGGCGGUGUCUUGGUCGUUAGGGCCUGGGAUCAUGGUGACGAUAGCUCUGUUAAAUGGCAACCAAGGCCUCGAGCUCAGUAUGAGUCGCGGCUAGAGUUGCCUCAGGGUACGAGGGGAACAUCUAGUAGCUCGGGUGUAUCUCGCGAAACAGCAAGUUCAAGUGUGACUAGUGGAGAUACAGAACAUGCUGAGAAUGUCGGAAAAUCUCUUGCUGAUCCUCAACCCAUAGGCGGUGUAAAAACUAUAAAUUCGGAUUCGGCCGGUACCCAACUUUCACCAAUGCACCCUGCACCUACCAACGAGAAUGUUGAUGUGCCGCAAGAAAGGACUGGUGACUUAACUACCGGUGAAGAACGCAAAAGUGAAACUGAAGAAACGCUAAAAACAAAGGGAAGCGAAUCUCCAAAGCAGAAGAUUGAGACGCCCUCGUUGAAAUCUGAAUCCAGCGCACAAAAAGAUCCACAGGAACUCAGCACUCAAAGCCAUGGUCAGCAGGGAGGUGACAGAUCUAAGGAAGGAGUACAGGGGCCUAUGGGAAAACCUGAUCAACCAGAGACUGAGGUCAGCCUUCCUCAAAAACCUACCGUGGAAGGUACUGGUGGUGCCCCGGGAAAGAAUGGCCUUGCUGACCCUGCUCCAACAUCUUCGGAACCAGCUGUUCCUGCUGAGGCCACGCCCAACCCUGAACAACCUGCUCUCAAGCAAGAAAAGGAUGUGAAGGAGCCUGGCAGUGGUGAGGACGCUGGAGACAAUGGGAGCGGACGCAGCGAUGAGGAGGAUGAUGAGGAAGAGGAAGAAGAUGAAGAAGAAAAUGGAGGGAACGAUAAUCGCCAAGCGGUGACGGUGGAUGGGCGAACUAGUUUUGAUAAGCUGCGUCGUCGUAGCGCGCUGCGUAAUGGUGAAACACAGAACCCUUCCGUUCGUCAGUCUCCAGAAAGUGCUGCCGGUGGCGAUAAUGCUCAAGCCCCAUCUCAAUCUGCUACGUCAGUCACCCAAAACACUGCACAGCAGGGUGCUUCGCAGCAACAGGCCAGUGGCCCAAAGGGCAACAGCGAGCAGGUGCAGACGAGCAUGGAAAACCUUGUUCACGUCAAGGAUAGCAGCAGUGCCUCUCUCGCUGCAACCACUGGUAUUGUCGUACUAGCUCUUUUCUUCAUCUGCUAG